AUGGGCAGGUCUUCGGAGGAAAAACUUCCGUGGCAUUUCAUUGUGGCCCGUUACGCCACACCUCGCUUGGCAUACCCUCCUUCUCUUCUCUUUCGUUCUCUGCAUUCAUACGCCAACCUAACCUUCCAUCCUCCUCCUCAGGUCAUCAUCGGCUCCGGCCCCGCAGGCCACACCGCCGCCAUCUACCUCGCGCGCGCCAACCUCGCCCCCGUCAUGUACGAAGGCUUCAUGGCCAACGGGUUCGCCGCAGGCGGCCAACUGACCACCACCACCGACGUCGAAAACUUCCCCGGUUUUCCCACCGGUGUCCUCGGCUCCGAACUCAUGGACAAGUUCCGCGCGCAGUCGCUCCGCUUCGGGACCAACAUUAUCACGGAGACGGUGUCGAAGAUCGAUCUCUCGAAACGGCCAUUCAAGUACUGGAGGGAGUAUAACGAGGGCGACGAGCCGGAGACGGCGGAUACGAUUAUUAUUGCGACGGGCGCGAGCGCGAAGAGGUUGGGGUUGAGGGGGGAGGAUACGUAUUGGCAGAGCGGGAUCAGUGCGUGUGCGGUUUGCGAUGGGGCCGUGCCGAUUUUUAGGAAUAAGCCGUUGGCGGUUAUUGGGGGUGGAGAUUCGGCGGCGGAGGAGGCGACGUAUUUGACGAAGUAUGGGAGCCAUGUGUAUUUGUUGGUGAGGAGGAACGAGUUGAGGGCGUCGAAGAUUAUGGCGAAGAGGGUGAUGAACAACCCGAAGAUCACCAUUCUCUGGAACACCGUCGCUGUUGAGUGUCAGGGUGACGGCGACUUGCUCAACAACCUCCGCAUUAAGAACACCCACUCAGGCGCCGAAUCCGACCUUGCCGUCAACGGUCUCUUCUACGCUAUCGGCCACGAACCCGCCACCUCCCUCGUCCGGGACCAACUCCAAACGGACGCAGAUGGGUACAUUAUCACCGUCCCCGGUACGACUCAGACGUCCGUCAAGGGCGUGUUCGCGGCGGGAGACGUGCAGGAUAAGAGGUACAGGCAGGCGAUCACGAGUGCGGGGAGUGGGUGUAUGGCGGCGUUGGAGGUUGAGCAGUUGAUCGCGGAGGAGGAGGAGUUGGGCGAGGAGUAG